CAGUUGCUUUCUUUUUCCUCGCUGCCAUUUUAGAUUGCACAAGCACGUGUAAGUUACUGUAGUUAUAUCGUGCGAUUUCACAUGAUUGUGAUACCAUAUGAUUUUCAGCAUACAUUAAAGUGAUGGCGUUUAUUGUCUAGUUAUUUUCGAACGUGCAGCUAUCGUGCGGUUGACAUUAUCUUUCAUUGGAAAGCUCAAUAAGGUAAAAAUGCAGUUGUUCGUUCGUGGAACCAAGACACACACCUUGCAAAUUGCAGGUGAUGAAACUGUGCAGGAUGUCAAGACAUUCCUCAAUGGUACUGAAGGAUUCCCUUGCGAGGAGCAAGUCAUCCUGUAUGCUGGCAAGCCUCUAAGUGACAAUGUCAAGCUCAUCAGCUUUGAUGAUCUUGUCACCUUGGAAUGUGAUGUCCGUAUGCUCGGAGGUAAAGUCCACGGCUCUUUGGCUCGUGCUGGUAAAGUGAAGGGACAGACACCAAAGGUCGACAAACAGGAAAAGAAGAAGGCUAAGACCGGCCGUGCCAAGAGGAGGAUGCAAUACAACAGAAGGUUUGGUGUAACCGUUGCCACAUUCGGCCGAAGGAAGGGCCCCAACGCCAACUCCUAAUUUAUAUGUCUUGACACUAAGUGGAGUCUAGUUCUAUGUGCAGUAUGGGGCACGAGACAGCAAAUUUUUGUGUGGACAUUGGGUCAUCUUUUAUCCAGCAAUUAUUUUGAUCUACUAAUCCAUGUAUUUCUGUAAAUAAAACUAGAUUCUCAUUAAA